UAAUACCGAAGGGCUGCGACCCCACAUCAGUUUCCAGCUUCUUUGUAUUCCAGCCUCCCCCCCCUCCACACACACACCCCGAUCCCCACUGGGGAUCUCCACGCUUCAGGAGGUUUUCUCGUUUUCCUCGGGGUUGGCCUCCACUCCCUCCUGUUCCAUUCCCUUCCUGUCUUCUUUCCUUUUCUUUCCUUGCCCGCUUUGGUGCUAUUCUGCCCGACGCCCCGCUGCAGCCCCAGAAUCCGCAGCUCUGCACCUCAUCCGUCUUCUUUUCCUCCAUAUAUCUGUGCCAGCUUGUCUCGUGCUUUGAUGUCUUUUUGAGGUCACCAGACUACCCCUGACUUUUCUUCCAGACCCAGUCUCUUGUGGGUGGAAAGUAAAAUUAGAGAACCAGGAAUAAGUUAGAGCUCGAUCUAUGUUUGGAAGCAAAAGCCAGAAGGCGUAAGGAAUGUGAAAAUAGUCAUUAUGCUGGACCUCUUUUUUUCUCCAUGAUUACAGACUCUGUUGAGGGAGGGCCUUUCCACUCUGUAUCCUGGGUGAAGAAUUGGCCGCCGGAGCAUCCCACUGUGAUUCACAGACUCCUGGUUUCGCGUCUUGGUAGCCCCAGUACUGGUUAAGACUUGUUUUUGUCCGAGGAGCUCUUAGAUGUGACUCAACACCUUGAAACAGGGCGUAGUAGAUAAUGAACUUCUGUUUUCCUGUGGUCACUUGCCAGGCCAUUAGUCUGCUUCCUGCUGACAGCAGAUCACCCUCUGAGGGGCUGGGUUUUGGGAAUGGCAUAAGAGCAGCAUCAUUUCCUGAGCAGUUUACUAAGCUGAUGUGUUAGCAGAAUGAAGGAUAAUGUGCAGUUUAAAUCAGACACUUGACUGAAGUACGUGGCCCGCUGUUUGAGGCAGAUGACUUUAAGCCGGCGUCUAUAGAUACUUCCUGUGAAGGAGAGCUUCAGGUUGGCAAAGGCGAUGAAGUCACAAUUACACUGCCACACAUCCCUGGAUCCACACCACCAAUGACUGUGUUCAAGGGGAACAAGCGGCCUUACCAGAAGGACUGUGUGCUGAUCAUCAAUCAUGACACUGGAGAAUAUGUGCUGGAAAAGCUCAGCAGCAGCAUCCAGGUCAAGAAGACACGAGCUGAGGGGAGCAGUAAAAUCCAAGCCCGGAUGGAGCAGCAGCCCCCGCGACCCCCACAGCCAUCCCAGCCGCCGCCGCCGCCGCCACCACCACCGAUACCGUUCAGAGCACCAACAAAGCCUCCGGCUGGACCCAAAACCUCUCCCUUGAAGGAUAACCCCUCACCUGAACCUCAGCUGGAUGACAUCAAAAGAGAGCUGAGGGCCGAGGUGGACAUCAUCGAGCAGAUGAGCAGCAGCAGCGGGAGUAGCUCCUCGGACUCCGAGAGCUCCUCGGGGAGCGACGACGACAGCUCCAGCAGCGGCGGCGAGGACAGCGGCCCCGCGUCGCCCCCGCAGCCCUAUGGCGGCCGGCCAGCCGUGGCCAACGGGACCGGAGCCCCGCGGCCGCCAGGGAACACGCAGCUCAUGAGCACCCUCAGAAAUGACUUGCAGUUGAGCGAGUCUGGCAGUGACAGUGAUGACUAGAGCCGGACCUUUUGAAAUCAACAUUUUGGUGCACCGAUCUGCCGCGAGACCAGGCUGCUUUAGCGUGGCGUCCACACGGAGAGGAAAACGUGGGGACCGUGGCUCUAGGAGGGAUUGGGGGCUCUGAAGCGCUCAGAUGUGCAUGCCUUUAACUUAGCGGUGAUGGGUGAUUUUCUCAUGUGACUUUUGAACAAUCUCAACCUUUCAAAGUUUUAAGUAGAUCUAUAGCAGAACUAACGGAAUUGUAUCUCUGUUUGGUUAACGCUGUUAAUGGAAACCAGACAAACCUGCCCUGGUCUAGGUUCCUCAGAGGUCACUUCUCCUGGCCAGUGUUUCACUUUGUAACCUCAGUAGCCACCAGCGUGGCCAAGUGGUUUGCCCCAGUGAAAGGAAGCUCAGUCUCUGACCGAUAGGGGGGAGAGGGCAGCCUGCAACCCCAGCACGGAAGCAUGUUCCAACCACUUCCACUUAGAGACCCGCGGCAGUGAGGAAGUUCUGUCUGACCCAGCCUGGCUGGCCUGUGUGGAAAUGGACUUCAGGAUGGCGUAGGAGAGCGUCAGUGGGGGGACCUGGAUCAUGGCUCAGCCCCACGUCUGCAGACGAGGAAGGGACGGGCCUGGCUGGUGUGGGGCCAGUGUCUUGCCCCAGGCCAGGCCUUCCUACUGCUCCCACCCCUGAAUCUCUUAUUGGAACCAGAGUCUUGUCCGUGGGCCUGUGUAAGAGCUGUGUUGUGCGUUAGAGCUUUUCCUGGAUUCCAAAAGAUAGCAGUGUGGGCUCCUUCUAGCUCCAGUUUAGAUCCACGCAGUCCCUGAAUACAUCAGUCCCUCAUGAGGUGAGUCGGGGAGCAAAUGAAGCCAGCAGCCAUGGUGCUGAUGCACGUGACUCGCUUAAUUAAACUGGGGCUUUCAGCUCUGUGUGGAUCCAUAACAAGAGGACUUCUCUCGGAGGCUGCCAGCGGGGACUGGAGUGGGACGGCUGAGGUGAGGAGGCCUCUGGGCACACGCUCUCCAGACCGGGGUCCGGGUAGGAGGCGUGCAGUGUGCAAUGAGCAGGCGUUGGCAGGGCUCCCCAGUUGCUUUUGCACCGCUGUUCUUGCCUGGCUCCCAAGCAGACUCGUUUUUUACACGCAACCAGAAGAAAGUCACGGGAUUGCCUUCUGCAGUGUGCCCUUUCCAGAUGAAUCUGUCGUUGCGGAAAACCGGUCACUAGGAAGCGUUCCGUACACAGCAGACGUGAUAAGGUGUCCCACAAUUAGUGCAUUAGCUUGGAGUUGCCCAUUCUGGCAUUUGAAUGACUACGCCCUGAGAAGUUGUGUCUGCUUCGAUUCAGCGGUGUUGAGAACUGAAGACUGACCUUCCCCCCUCUGGGUGGCCUCUCCUUGGCUAGUGGAGGGAAGCAGCCUGGACCCAGGAGGAAGCUCGGUGACCGGUGGCAGGGGCUUUGAGUUGAGCCUCACGAAGUCACCUGUGUCCCCCGCGCGGCAGCCCCAGUUAGCUGGAGCAGGGCCGGGCAGCCUGCUCACGCCGCUCUUCCAGCUGUGCUUGGGGUCAAGCUGGCGCCUGCGCCGGGUCCUCCACCCGUCAUGGGGCUUCAUGGAGUUCAUGGCAGGUAGGAACUUCCUUAUAAUGAGUUGAUUGUUUUUAAUUUAUUGGUAAUGACAGCUCAGGGAAGCUGAAGGUCAUGGUUGCGUCUGUGAGUCGCUCACUCAUGUCUGACUCUUUGCGACUUCAUGGACUGUAACUCGCCAGGCUUCUCUGUCCAUAGGAUUCUCCAGCAAGAAUACCGGAGUGGGUUGCCAUUUCCUUCUCCAGGGGAUCUUCCUGAGUGAGGGAUCAAAGCCAGGUCUCCUGCACUGCAGGUGGAUGCCUUCCCGUCCGAGCUACUAGGGAAGCCCGAGGUGAUGGUUGGGAGACUUGGAUUGUUUCUAGACGUGGGAAUUGUUUCACCGCUCUUCACUUGCUCAAGCUGGGGCAGGUACCAGGAACUUGGACUAAAGAUAGAUUUAUUUAAGCCUCUCUCCCUCGUUUCCUCCCGUCAGGCUUGACGUGUGUGGCCAACCCGGGGUCUGGGCCCGUCCGGUGCCUGCUGGUGUCUGGGCAGCGCUUGCCGGUGGCCUGGGCCUGGGGGGUGGGUUCUGCACGCAGCCCCUGCCCCGUCCCCGCAUGCCAGCCCUGCAGGCCUGUCACAGCUGCAGGCCCAGCCCUGGUUCUGUUCUCCGCACAGCCUGUGCCUGUUGCUUCUGCAAGCCUUCCAGCUUUGCCCAGCAGAGUAAGGAAUCCUUGCUUGUUGGAAAUGAAGCCUCCAGCCUCACAGACUCCCCCUCACAAGUGCCCUCCUGCCAGCCAAGCUGGACCUGUUCUUCCUGCCUCUGUGCCUUGUCAGCCGCCUGCCCCAGCCCCGCUCACGGGGCUCUGUGGGUGCCGCCAGCCGGAGUGCCAUGCGUCCACACGGACCUUCCCCUUGCCCAGUGCUGGUCAGCGCGGGCCCCAAGCAGGCCCUGUGGUUCUCUGCUCUCUUCCCUGGAGCGUGCAGGAGCAGACUGGAGAGGCUCACGGCCUGGCGGGAAGGGCAGAGAACCACAGGGGACACUCCGGGCCUCCGGAGACAGCUGGAGACUGUUCGCGCCGGCUGUCCUGGUUUCAAAGUCUGACCGAAGCAUUAUGUACAGGCGUGAUUCGGGGAAACGUAACAAACUAGAGAUGUGUCAUGAUGCCACUCAUUAAUUCUUUUAUUUCUGUAGCAGAAUCAUUUUUUUAAAGUGUGGUUUUAAUGUGUGUGUUUCAGUGGUGGGAAAACUUGAAAAUUCCAAGAUCCUUAUUACUUCCCUAUUGGAGAGGCUGGUUAAGUAGGGUGUGUGUGUGUGGGGGGGUGUGCAUGUGAUGUAUUUAUUACACUAUUCUGAAAGAGUAAUUGUUAUGUGGAUAUACAUUAGGUACAGCCAAAUUGUAUGUUUCCAUUUGGUGAGGAAGGUAGGAUCCAUAAAACUCAGGCCUUAACCAGUAGGUUGGACGACAAGACCAAUUGAAAUGUCAUGAAAUGUCUUUGUUGCUCCUGUUAUUUCUGUCUUGAUUUAAUUGUCUCAUUCUUUAAUGAUUAUUAAAAUCUUGUGCCUGAAAGUUUAUUUUGCUUAAUUAUGAAGUAGACAUGCAUGUUUAUAUUUAUGCAAAAUAUUUGCUGUAAAGGUUUUUUUGUUUUUUUUUUUUGUUUAUUCUUUUUAAAAAAUCACUAUAUUUAAGUAAAAAAUGAAGGUCAG